GUCUGGAAAAUCUGCUCAAACAUGGCUACUGUGGAAAUUAAAGUAAAGCGGGCCAAUAAAAUUUAUCAUGCUGAGGUAAUGCAAUUUUUAUGUAGCUAAUUAAAAUUAUAUUUUUGUUCAAAAUAUGAAUUCGCACAUAUUACAAAGCAUUACUUAGAGAUUUCUAGCUACCACCUCUAAAUAUGGUCUAUACGUCUAUUAAUUUUGAACUGUCUUGCUAUAUAGUCAGCUUAGUCUAACCAGUGUGGAAAGUUUGUCUCCGGCGCACAAUUUCCAAACUUUCCAGUCAGGGUCAGCUAGUGUAGCUGUGUAGGUGUAGUGCCAAUCAAAUGAACAAGCUAUCGUUGGUAGGGAUCGAUGCAACUAAUACCUGAAAAUAUAUAAGGAGAAUUUUGACGUUUCGAGCGAAGGCCCUUCAUCUGGAGUUACUAGAGGGGGUCGGUCAUAUAUAACAAUAAUUAUUAAUUGACCAGUAAAAAACAAAAUGGAUACAGUCUGACAUUAGGAUGAUAUUGCCUGUGGGUCAACCCAUUGUGUGCCAGCGCUCUAUAAGGCAGAUUGGGGUGUGCAUGCAGCUUUUAAAUUAACUUAUUGAGUGGCAACACUCUCUCCUUGAUGAGAGGGUGCACCAGAACUCGGUUCCGGCCGGUUCUAAAGUUCUGGCCGGAACCCCGAUUUUUCAGAGUUCCGGUUCCGGCCAGAACUAAUAAAAAAAGCAUGGCCGGAACCGGAACUCUGUUAUUUUCAGAGACUGAGAUAGAAUAUCAAACGUUUUUGUGUCUAAAAAAGUUCACAGUGAGUAGGAAGAAAUUUGGACUACACAGGGAAAAUAUACACCAUUAACACGAUGGAAAGAGUUUUAUGUUUAAUGGGGCAAAAAUAUGGAACUCAGUGCCUAAAGAAAUGAGAGGAAUUAGGUCCCGGUCUCUAUUUGAAAGAAAAAUUGCUGCUCAUGUUACUAAAUAAUGUAUUUAUACAUACAUAUAUCCUUUAUUGUAAAUACACCUGUAGUUAUCUAUAUGUUUUGUUAGUUGUCUAUAUUGUCAAUUUUGUCAAUUGGAACAGUUAGAUUAUUUCUAUUUUCUUUUAUUUGAUUCCAUAAGAGUCAUAACAACACUUAUAUAUAAUAACUUUUGAACACACGCCCUUUGUGGAAAUCAAUGUUUUUAAUUGACGUAGUUAGGGUGUCAAAAUAAAAUCUAUCUAUCUAUCUAUUAUGACGUUUGUCAAUCUUUUUAUUCUAACAUUUGCGAGCUCUUUCCUUGAUGACUUGAAGCACAGUUGAAGUGUCUGCCUGUCUGGCAGCAUACAAAGUAACAUAUGACUACAUAUGGCUUAAUACAGUUCUGGUUCUGGCCAGAACUUUUUUCCAGAUCCGGUUCUGGCCGGAACUUUAAAAAUUAGUUCUGGUGCACCCCUAAGGAAAUAAAGUUUGGUGCCUCAGGGAGCAUUGCUGCUUGGGAGCAUUGCUACAUGUACAUGCAGGUCUGAUUAACCAUUGAGCACCACUGCUUUCCCCUUGAUGAGUGAAAUCAUCUGACAUAUGUUAGACAGAGUAAAAUAAUACAGUACGGUGCAUUAAGGCACUAUUUGCCUGCCAAUGAGAAAUACCGCCUUGCCCAAAAACUAUUAGAUUUAUAAAAUUAUUAAAAGUUUCUUCAAUAAAAGCCAGAACAAUACAGUUUUUUGUUUUAUAAUUUCAUAAAUCUGCUUACUGUAUAUAUUCUAGUCAUUAAUCAUAUAUGUAGGAAGAAAUGUCACUCUGUGUCACACCUGUUGAAGAUAGAGGUCAUAUCUGGCAGUUGAAAGAUUGUGAAAUAAAUACAUAUUCUUAACCGGCCAGAGAGCAUAAAAAAAUGUUGUUCUCUGAUAGCUGGCCUUGAUAGUUAGUUGACUUUUCUGUUGGAUAAGCUGAAUUAAAAUAGUGCCCUGUCCCUGAGUCGACCCCUGUGUUGAUCCAAAUUCACAUAGAAUCCCUAUUAAUUAGCACCUAAUUGGGAUUACUUUUUCUCUAAUCUCUACCUAUAUAUUUUUGUCAGGAGAAAGUUCUGGGUGUAGUUAUCGUUCAGAGCAAGACAGAUCUUGCUCACAAUGGCAUUAGCUUGGUCAUGGAUGGUAUUGUGAACUUGCAACUAAGUGCAAAAAGUGUUGGAGUAUUUGAAGCGUUUUAUAAUUCCAUCAAACCUAUCACCUUGGUUAGCCAAACAGUGGAGAUACAGAAGACAGGAAAAUUAUACCAUUCUCUUAGUUAUAUAUUGUCUAUUUUAUGUGUGUUUGUAUGUGUAUUGUUGAGUGAUAUGUUUGAUAAAGACUAUGUAAAGUACAUAGUCAGCUUUCAAUAAAUCCUGCCCUAGGUCACCUCCCUUUACAUUAAUUCAAAUGAUCUAUUUCAAGAUAUUUCAGUUUGCUAUAGAAUCCUUUCAAAAGAUUCUCGACAUGAUUAAGUUAAGGUGCACAUAUAUUUAUUUUAUGCAAACUGAGAAACACAAUCUUUAAUUGCUACAGCUUAUAUAUACUGAGUAUCUAGAAUAAUAGAGUUUUACUUUCUGUCUAUAUGUAUAUUCAAAUAGGGGAUAUAUUAUAGCAUACCUGUAUGAUUGUAAAACACCUAGAUUCUUUAAUAAUUAGUUCUUCGUUGAAAAGAUUUAAAUGACGUGUAUUUAUUUCUGACUCUCCACGCCUGCUGGAAAGACAGAAUUGCCUUUUGAGAUUCCAUUAACAGGCAAGAUGAACAAACAGUUAUACGAGACAUACCAUGGCGUCUUUGUGAAUAUACAGGUUGGUAAUGUGUACGGUAAAAUAUUACAUUUCUUGAUUGUUUCCGUGUUGGUGUAAUGUACUCAGGUGAAUAUGAUGCUUGUGAUGUUACUCUGAGUGUAUAUCCACACCGGGCAAGCUUGAAAAAUAUGCCUGACCACGGUGGGAAUCGAACCCACGACCUUUGGAAUGCUAGCCCAAUGCUCUGCCAACUGAGCUACGCGGUCUGGUCGGUUCGAGUAUGUGAUAUUUCGGAACAGAAUCUAGUUCCUUCGAUAUCCACACCUUGCCCGGUGGCAGUGUGGAUAUGCACUCAGAGUAACAUCACAAGCAUCAUAUUCACCUGAGUACAUUACACCAACACAGAAAAAUCGUUACUGAUUAUUAGAUUACAUUGAUAUCGAAGGAACUAGAUUCUGUUCCGAAAUAUCACAUACUCGAACCGACCUGACCGCGUAGCUCAGUUGGCAGAGCAUUGGGCUAGCAUUCCAAAGGUCGUAGGUUUGAUUCCCACCGUGGUCAGGCAUAUUUUUCAAGCUUGCCCAGUGUGGAUAUACACUCAGAGUAACAUCACAAGCAUUACAUUUCUUGUAUGCACUUCUGAGGAACAUUUUGAUUUGAAUAUUUGGGAAUUUCGGCAUUCGAAGAACAUUGUGGUCAGCUUUGUAGGUGAUACAACCACCUGAAAAAUAAUAUUUUUCAUCACUAUGUUUUCAUGUACAGUAGUCGCAUCACCUACAAAGACCACAGUUUGUUAACUUUGCUACCUGGGCUGACACCCACCAUCUGAAUUUUGUACUGGUCUGUUUUUGAAGCCCCUUUGCAACAUCCUGUCAACACUCAACAGGAAUGCCAGAACUACGAGUGCAGCAGAUGCAAGUGCACCCUUUGCCUUUUGUAUUCACUCUGGGUGCAAAUGCAAAUGCGGUUGCACCUAUAGUCUGCACCAGCAUUGCACCCAGAAUGUUGUGAUUACAAAAGGCAACAAGUGCACCCGCUGCACCCGUGGUUCCAAUAUCCCUGCCUAUGAACGACCUUACAUCAUGUCUGGCCUAAUGAAAAUGAAAGUAUUACGAUAAAGUUACAUGUAUGGGCGUUCCCCAACUGAAUAUCGCAGUAAUAGUACAGUAAUAUAAUAAUUGUACGCGUACUGAACAAAUGUCACAUUAUAAAACCUGGAAAUGAUUACUGCGUUACUUGUAAUUUUUAAACUCUGAAAAUAAUAUGGUAGCUAAGUGCAGAAUUGCAUUGUUCCGAAACAGUGAUUUGUGGUACUAUAAUAAACCCUGACAUUUGGCCUGUUUUUAGUUCUAGUUUUAGUACUAAGUCUUAAGCCUUAAAAUUGACGUCAUCGGUGUCCGUAUUAGGGAGGUUCGACCGUCAAAUUUUCGUAUUCGCUGAACUAUCAUAUUACAUCAAAAAAGAUAAAAAAGAAACAAAAGGAUAACAACAGGCAAAAUACGAAUAGUAUUAACUAUUAUAACAUCGUUGUAUUGUAUAUCACAAAACCUCAUCGUCCACUAAAUAUUUCACAUUUUCUAACUCAUUGUAAUCAGUGAUUUGUAUUAAAACACUGGAUAACUAUAUUGUUCCGGUAGUUUUCCAUGUAUCUCAACAAAGUUGAAGUUCCCGGAUAAGACCUGCAGCCGUGCUUUACAUUCAUAUCACUUUUUUGUCAUACAUGCAUUGUAACACAUUCUGUGUCUAACUAUUGUUACCGUAAAUAGAGAAUUUAUUUUUUAAUAGUACUCUCUUCGUUGUGAAGUAAAACGUCCGAUGUUGAGUAAAGAUCUAUUGGCUUCUUGCGAAUUUAUUGUGGAAUAUACGAAGGUAAAUAGCACUGAAUAGGAGUUUUUGAGAAUAGGAGAUUGGGUUUCAGUGAUUACCACUAAGGUCUAAUGCAUGAGUCAAUUCCAGGAGUAACCAUCCCCCCCCCCCCGGGAACACACCCGGGCAUUUGAUUUGAUUGGUUAUGAUAGUGUAAAUGCCCGGGUGCCGGGACACAACUUGAAGACUAAUGCACGGCCCCCGGGCAAGCUGAGAGUGGAAAAUGCCCCACCCCGGGGACGAUUUUACAGUCGAUUUCACGAAACUUUGACCACAAAUGUUCCGAACUUCGUUGCGAAGUUCGCAAGUUCGUUGCGAAGUUCGGAAGCUCAUAUUGGAAUUCACAAGCCAAUUUGUAAACAAAGUCCCUGAUUGGUCCGUGAAGUAAAAGAAGCCAAUCAAAUGCGUAUUUUACGAACUGUUUGUGAAUCUCAUUAUGAACUUUUGAACUUCGCAACAAUCUUGUGAACUUCACAACGAAGUUCGGAAAAUUUGUGGUCAAAGUUUCGUGAAAUCGACUGUAAACGUUAAUUAAACUUUUAAUGGCAUAUAAUCAUAGUCAUUUAAUAACAUUAUAGUAUUAAACUGCUAUGGAAUAUUAUAAAACAUAAACCUUUAAUAGUUGUAUUUAAAUUUGCAUGGCACAGGGUAUAAUUUUCGCUUAUUCUUACAAUAAAUUUCACGCCACCUUGACCUCGAGGGCGCAAAAUACGAUCAGCGCGCCCACAUGCGUGCCUGAAACUAGGUUUUGCUGCCUUAAAAUUUGUGGGUGGGAUUCUGGGCAACCAUUUGUCAAAUCCCUGGGGUCCUCCAAUACCCGGCCCCCGUGCACAUAUAUGAAAGGCAAAUUCCCGACCCCCGUGAACUGUCUAUCGGGCAAAUUCCCGGGGGUGUCCCGGGGGGGGGGGGGGUGGUUACUCCAGGAAUUGACUCAUGCAUAAGGCUAAGCAUAUCAGAAAUCGACUUCGACGUCAAACAAUUCUCGCUUUUACUAAUAUAAUCAUUUUAAGAACGGCUACAAUAUUUAUCUUUUUUGUCUUCAGAAUAAUUUUCCAAAACAAGUUAGUACUACGCAACCAUUGGAUUUUAAAAUCACGCCAGAUUCACUAGAAAAUGUUAAAGAGGUAUGCCUGUUUGAACUGGAAGUCUAGAACUUAAAGUGAUAUACUGGUUAUUACUAAUCAUGCACAAUCCAAGUGUAUUUAGGGAAUCAUCAUACACUAUGUCUAUAUACAAUAGCAAUAACGGCUUAUUGACCGAGCGUGAGGUCUGUACUGUGAAAUAUCAGACCGAGGUUUUUUAGUAUGGACCAAGCGACGAAGGAGCGAGGUCCAUGCAAAAAACAGAGGUCUGAUAUUUCACAGUACAGACCGAACAAGCGAGGUCAAUAAGCGAACAAGCGAGGUCAAUUUUCGCGCGAAUUAAAUCGGCUAUCGUCAGUUUCACUGGGUAACAAUAUACGGUGGGCAUGCAUGCUCAAUCCAAAACAAUUUGGUUGUUUGAAAUUUUUAUCUGCAAAUUUUAAUGACACACAAUUGGAAAAUUAAAAAGCAAAAAUUUUUUCUGUUUGCAAAGCAAAAAUUUCCCGCCAGAUAAACGACAUCUGGGACACCGGUCCAGAUACGGAAAAUACGGACCACGGUCCGGAUAUGGCCUAUAGCUGGUUUUCCACUUCGCCCGAAUCGUACCGAAACGUACUGGUGAGCAUGCGCAGUUUGAAAAGAGGUUUAUAAAUCCACAUACUUCCGGGUGUAUUCGCGUAUAUCAAAAUAAAUAGUUCGUCGCAAGUCAACUUUUUGGCGUACUACGGAAGUAUUAACCAAUCAACAUUCACGAAAUUUUGAAAUUUAAAAACGUUUUUGAUACGUUUCGAUACGGUACGGUACGCUUGAAGUGGAAAACCGGCUUAUGGGUUUUUACGGACCGCUUGUCAACCAAUCAGAAUAGAGAAUUUUGAAAAGCCAUAUAAUAAUUGCUUUUAACAUCAUAAUGUUUGUCAUUCUACAUAAAUAAUAUGUUUUUCUAGUGUUAAAUUAUGAAACUAACGUUCUCUGACUUGUAAUUUAAAAAAAAUAUUAUAUACUAAACGAACGUUUUUAUUUCUUCAACUAGAAAACAAAAGUUCCGAAAUUUUUGAUAAAAGGAAAAUUAGAUUCAACUUCUUGCUGUAUUACAAAGCCGUUUACAGGCGAGGUAUGCUGAAUUGCCUGAUGAUUGCAUGCUUUCAAUAAAUAAAUGUUUAAUCUUUCACAAAAUUGCCCCAUCGUUUUCAAAUUGUUAAUAACUACAGUAUAGUGUGUUAGUGCAAUGUAGCAUGAGCUCCACCUUUGAAUUUACUAUGCAUGUGAAUAAAAUGUUAAACACGUCCAAAUUAUGCAAUGAAUUCGUGCAUGUUGAACCCUAACCUAACCCUGACUCUAACCAAUUUAACCCUAAUCUGAUGAUUGCAUACUUUCGGUGGAUAAAUGUUUUAUCUUUCACAAAAUUGCCCAAUUGUUUUCAAAUUGUUAUAAACUUAUAAUUUUAUAUAAACACAGUAUAGUUUACUAUCCGUCCUCAGGCUAACUUAUUAUACAAUAAACUCGCGACUGCACACAAAACCGUUUAACCGCAAGCAUUAGACAAGACGUUUGGGUAUAAAGGUAAUCGCCUUGGAAGUGAGGUAGGUCGUGCCGGUGUGGGAGGGGGGGGGGGGGGGGGUUGGGGGGGGGGGGGGGGGGGGGGGGGGGGGGGAGGGUUAUCUUCCCAUGUCACGCAAUCACGAAACCUAACCCAAUCACUACCCCUAACCUCCUAACCACUUACAUUUCGCGACUGCGUGACAUGAAAAUGUAACCGAAAAAAGGCUGUCAAGUUCAGAUUAGGGUUAGAUUGGUUAGAAUCUGGGUUAGAUUAGGGUUCAACAUGCGCGCGAAUUUAGUGUAUAAUUUAUGAACUCAUGCUACAUUGCACCAACACACUAUCCGAAACGUAGCUAAAAUAAAAAAUAUCAAAAACCUCUUUUGUGAUCCUUGAUUUAAAUUAAAACACAAAAUUAUUUAAUAUGAACAGAGGUGAAAGUUCGGACGCAAAUUCGGACGUGUUUAACAUUUUAUUCAUAUAGUAAAUUCAUUCGACAGAAAUGCUUUGUUUCUUUCACAGGUGACAGUUUUGAACUCAGAAUUACCAAUUAAAUCAAUUGAAUUGCAGUUAGUGAGAGUAGAAACUUGUGGUAAGUGAUUCCUACCGUAAACGUCUUAAAACUGUCGCUUUUGUUAUCUUAGAGUUUAGCGAAAUACGACAGGUUACAAGGUUUACCGAAGAAUGGUGCAUAAUGGUCACGUAUAACGAAAUAGAGGUUCUACAAUGGCGUGUAUUAUUAUUAUUAUACAUGCAUUUAUUGUCCAUUUCUCAUCAGUUCUCUGUUUUGAUUGGCUGCAGGUCUGCAGAUAAUUCGUGGCAUCUGUAGGAAAUAUGUAAUAGCUGAAGAUAGAACAACAUCCAAAGGCCUAGAACAGAAAACUCUGGUCUCUGUCUAUCACUCAUGUUCUUACUUCUUACCCACGUCGUAAAGGCUGUAAACACUGUUUGCAUUAUCUAUAAUACAGUACAGUUCAAACGCGUACCGGAAGUGCAGUGUUUCCUUAACAGCAGCUGCGGAUUGAGAGAUAUAAAACAACCUGGAAAAUAUAAGCAGAACUUCGAAGUUUCCAGCGAAGGCCCUUUGUACAAUAGUUUCCUUAAUACCUGUCUUUCUCCUACGAACAGAAACUGAGCAGUCACGUGACCAUGAAAAUGACCUGGGUACGCAAAGUGCCCUGAGUAUACGAAAUUAAGAGCCCACUCCAGUUAUAUAUUUCAUGUUCUAUGGACACUGAAUACACAAAUGAAAGAAACAAUUAACUUUGACUAAAAACUACCAUAAAACAACCCUGAACCAUCAAUCCAUCAUAGUUUAAAGUCUUUAUACAUACGGUUCAGUAAUGCGUAGGGCUCAGGAUUGUUUUAGGAUCAGGUUUCAGUCAAUGUUAAAGGGGAAGUCAAGUCCGUUCUGCUCAUCGGUUCUGCUCAUAACAAUGUGAGGGCCCUCUAAUGUGAACAUUGCCCAAAUUUCGAAUGUUUCGAAUUUUUCUGAACAUAAACUCUAUUUCAUAUUCGUUUAGAAGCAUAGCGAACCAAAAUGGUGUUAGAUAUUCAGACAAUACAUCAUAUUUUAAAAAAUACAGCAGUUCAAAAUGUAAACAAACCGUUUGUUUACAUUACGGACUUGACUUCCCCUUUAAUUGAUUUCAGUUACAUUUUUAUAUCAUCGCCUAUUUUUUAAAAGCUUCCUCAUACUCACACUCAAUGAGUGAUAGGUAGGUGGCUAACCACGAAAUAGCAGGAAUGAACGGACAUUGAAUCAUACUUGUUGUGAUAGCUAUGUCGAGGAGCAGUUCCGAACCAGGUGCAUGUGUUAACGCAGGAUUGUUUUCGUAGUCUACUGGACUUAAUCGGACGAUAUAUAUCUGCAUUUAAUGAACGUGCAUACCCCAUCCUUACAGAUAUACAACGUUUUUGAAAAUUCGGUGUAUGCAACAGACGCAACACGUACAUUCCAAUUAGGAUAUGGAAACUUGUGCAAAUCAGCUCCACAGCUACUAGAAAGUGGUGUUAUCAAAUGCAUACCUGAGGCAAGUGCGUGCGCACUCAAUUUCGUCCAUGGUAUAUGCUGCGAAGAAUAAACUCUGUGACUUCCCUUGUGCUGUGGGUACAACUGACUGUACAGAUAUAUGUAAAUGCUAUGAUUCUAAAACACGUGAAUCCAUUGACAACACCUAAUAAGAAACGACAAGUGCUCCUCAGACAAGUCGCACUCGAGUGAGUUCUAUGAAUACAAAUCAACAAGAUUUUUAGAGAAUGAGUGCUCUCCCAGUGAGUGGAACGUUAGCUCGUACUCCACUCGCACUUUAAUCCAACUUGAGUGUCCUUCACUUGAAUGUUACUUAAGUGUGAGUGUGAAUGAGCUUCUAUAGAAUACAGGCGUUAUAUAAUGCCCAUAGGACCUGAAAUAAGGGAGCUAAAGAUGUGCUUAAUUUAGUACGCGGUCGUGACGAAACACACGCUAAAUUCACAGAGUUACCAACAUGAGUAAGAACUAUGUCUAUGGAUUCUUUUUGUAAAGAAAGACGGAUACAGAUGAAAAACAAAUUUAAACUAGUAACAAAUCCACAAAGUAAAACAUAGUAACUGUUCAUCACGUCCGCCUAUUAAGCAUAUCUUAUCCUAUUAUAAUCCAUGCUUCGUCCACUAUACGGCUCAUCUGAUGACUAUGUAGUCGAAGGAUCUUUAACAGUUCUCCAAGAUCGUCCUGCAUUCAAUUCGCAUUUUAUCUUUGUAUAACAGGUUGUGCUGAAGGAUAUUCAAAAGACGGUAAUAUAGUAGUUAAUAAACUUCUUUCUUUAUACUUGUACCUUGAACAUGUUAUUUAUUAUCAGAAUUAUUAAAUGUAUUCUUGUUCUUUUCGGGGUUUUUUAGCCACGGAAAUUCAGAAUAUUCAGGUAAAUGUUCGGCCGUAUUCAUAGACCUGUAAAAGGCAAAUGUUUUUGUAUACAAUAUAGUUUGUAAUCUGGUGUUGGUGUAUCAAACAUUUAAGAAAAAAGUUAUAGUCGAUUAAUAAAAAUUGUUUAAUUUCAGGUUGGCGAAGGAAAUGUAUGUGCAAAACUUCCACUUCCAAUUUACAUGAUAUUUCCAAGAUUAUUUACAUGUCCUUCAUUGGCUACUCCAAAUUUUAAAGUUGGUGAGUAUAUAUUUAAUACAUGUAGGUAACUGCCCUGUUGAUUAAAUCACUUUACUUGGUCUAGGGUUUACUGUGUCCGUAUACGUGAUGUUUAUUUUGUUCGUUUUCUCAUUUCAAUACUUCCGAAAGAUUUCUGACACCUAAAUAUAUAACGUGUUUGAUCCAUAAGCAAAGGAAUAUCGAACGCUUAUUUCCAUUUCUUCACAGUCAAAAAUUUGUCUCCCUAUUUUGGCUCGUGCUAGGCUUAAGGCUUCGUUGACAUAGACUUUUGCAUGGUUCCAGAGUACCAUGACUGUUAGUCAAAUUCAAUUUGUCAAUGUCAAAAGUACCUAUAUGGUGCAUGAACACAGUAAACCAUGACCGAUUAUACUUCUUUAUCAACUGAGUGAGCACAAGCUCUAACCUUUGCUUUGGUUACUCCAAAUCAAAUUUGGCAUAACCAUUUGCAUCCUACAUGUUGUGUAUAACCACUCUACAUCACUAAAUAAAUGUAUCUGAUGAAAAAAUGAAGGUAGGGAAGCAUGUGUACUUUGAGUAUUUAUUACUGUGAUGUUUCUUUGCAGAAUUUGAAGUGAAUGUCGUUGUGGUGUUUAAUGAUGAUUAUUUAAUCACUGAAAAUUUUCCAAUUACCAUCACGAGAUUUUGAUGACAAAGACUGCAGUAUGGUUAAAUGAAUUUACAAUGUACAGACGAUCUUACAACGGGGUUUUUAUGCGUAAUUUCAACUGAAUGAUGGUGACGUAAAUGUAAUUUUGUACAAGAGAUACUGCGCCCACAACAUAAUGCCCAGGGGCCAGUUGUAUAAAAACGUAGUUAAAGUUAACUACAUACAGUGUGGUUAUGUCAUGUAUUUGAGCGUUAACUACUAUAUUUAAAGGGUCAUGGUCAACCACAAUGCAAUGCGUGCGUUUGUUUACGUUUCUGUUACGUUGUGGGCCAGAGGCAGCCAUUUUUGUGGCCUCGAAAAUGGCGGCAACUAUUGAGGAAAGUAACUGAAAAACGUAAACAAAAGCGCACAUUGCAUUGUGGUUGAUCAUGACCCUUUAUCUACAAAACGGGUAGUUGAAAGGUAGAGUUAAGCCUUUUAUACAACCGGCCCCUGGCCGAUUUCCAUAUCCAUUCAUACGCCUAAAUCACCAAAUAAAAUGAUAUUGUAACAAGAAAAUGAGUCAUUAUAUAGGAAUAAAAACAACAUUUGUCAGUGAAAACAGACAUACAGACAUCUGUACAGUGUAUGCCUUUAACAAGUCGUGCCAAUCUAUUACGAUAACUCGAUAAGUUCAAUUCUACUUUCAUAAUAAUAAGUACUAUUUAAAACACGAGUAGGAGUGUUUUAUCAGAUAUAAAACGCAAGGCGCUGCCGAGCGUUUUAUAUCUGAUAAAACACGACGAGUGUUUUGAAUAGCUUAAAAUACGACUACAAAAGAAUACUAAUUAGGAUGAACCAUUAUAUAAUCAUACUAAUGAGGAUGAACCAUUAUAUAAUGCCUCAUGCUUUAUCAGAUAUAAAGUCACUCCACGUGACAUAUUAUGGCUGACAUGAUUUGUCAAAAGGUUUAUGAAUUUUUAAUGAGUAUUUUAAAAUACUUUUAAAAUACAAUUACAUUUACGGUAGAAAUUACCUCACAUUUUUUUGCCUACUUAUCUCGUCGUUUCCAUCGUAAACGGAGCGUCUAUAUUUUUAAGCAACUUUAACAAUUUCGCUUGUGGAAAUGAAAAACCUUAUAGUGUGUUCCACAAAAAUAAAUGGCUCGGGAUAUCUGAAAGUGC